GCAAUCCCUUGUGCAGAUGGGCUCCCGGCCGAUCGGCGAUUUCACAAAUGCUCUUGCGGGAUUGUCUUCGUUUUAGCUUCACGUUGACGUCGUUUGCACGUAGGUGACGAAUCCAAAUCGAGGGAAAAAACCCAGUUUCGAUUUGUCCUCUAGAGGUGACUUGCGCUGCAGUUUUCGGAAUCCGUUUUCGUGGUACAGAUCAUUAACUGUCUUUGAAGUGUGAAUCUCCUUCACACAUUCUUGGGAGUGAUUUGUAGUUGACUGUCGCCGAUGAAGUGUAAAUUUUUCGCAAAUUCCACUGAAGACGUUGAUGUUCCUGGAGCAGUGUGUUUUGCGCACUUUAUUGAAUGCAUGUCCAUGUCAUUGUUGUGGUCUGGGCGUUGGUGGUACUUUUGCAGCUCGGCGUCGUAGAGAAGUUUACUUCAAGUUACAGAAAGGUCACGUUUGGUUUUGCUUUCUAAUAUCCCGGAUCGGCUUCGAAAUGAGUUGGACUUAAAAGUUGAGUGUUUUUACGUUAUGUGACAAAUAUUGCUACCGUGUCGUCAUCAUCAGAUUUUUCUUACCCAAGUCCACCUUCUAGUUCUUGAUUUGUGAUGUGAAUUAGAAGUGCUGAGUUCGGGUAACUGGAGCUCACGGAACCACUCUGGUCCCCUUGACGAGAAUGUCUCUGGUGGGGCCAGAGAUUGCAUUCAUGACCUCAGCGCCAUACUUAUGAAAUGUUUGUGCACAAUCUGAGGACUCGAGAAGAGCAGACUGAAAAUGACAUUCCUAAAAAUUAAUCGGACCUACUACAAGAGAUACUCACGGCGCUUUCUGUAAGAUUUCAAAAGCGAGCAGUUUGGUAGCCCAACCAUGCAAGUGCGCUUCCUUGAGUUGGCUCGGAGCGGUGGUUUGGUCCAACCGUUACCUCACGUGGAGCGAUGGCUAUUGAGAAUGCUUGUGUCUCGAAGGUCUGAGCCAUCUGAUAAUCAGAAUACGUGGGUUGCAAACACACCUUCGACCUAUUCCCAUGAUAAAUUUUCAUCAAUGCGAUCAACAUGCAGAAUGAAGAAAAUUAAUCACAACAAUUCUAGGAGGAUGAUGGGUGAAUGCAUGACAGGAAACCUAAUAGACGACUGUUGGCGGUGCGACAACCAGUGGCGUCAACACCGCCAAGCUCUUGCCAAAUGUGCGUUAGGAGCUGGAAGCAACGUUGUCGGAGGUGCGAAUGGGAGGAUUUAUGUGGUGACUGAUGACAGCGAUGCCGAUGCCGUAAACCCAAUCCCCGGCACCUUGCGCUACGGAGCUAUUCAGCAGGAACCCUUGUGGAUUACCUUCUCCCAAGACAUGUCCAUCCACCUCCGCAAUGAGCUCAUUCUAACCAGCUUCAAAACUAUAGAUGGAAGAGGAUUCAACGUCCACAUCGCUGGCGGCGCAGGCCUCACCUUACAAUCCAUCUCCAACGUCAUAAUUCACGGCGUGCACAUCCACGACACUGUUCCCACUGGUCCUGCCACAGUCCGAAGCUCCAUGACACACUCCGGAGGCAGGGGAAGAACUGAUGGCGACGCCAUAAACAUCUACUCUUCACACGACAUUUGGAUAGAUCAUUGCUACUUCGCGAAUGGCGCGGAUGGCUUGGUUGAUGUCACCAUGGGCUCCACUGGCGUCACGAUCUCUAACAACUACUUCACUGAUCACGAUAAGGUGAUCUUGUUGGGCGCACACCCGAGAGAUAUGUUCGACAUGCACAUGCGCGUCACUGUUGCAUAUAAUCACUUCGGCCCUAGGCUUAUCGAGCGGCUACCGAGGAUUCGUCACGGUUGUGUCCACGUUUUGAACAAUAUGUACGAGGGCUGGGGGAUGUACGCGAUUGGUGGGAGCGAAGGGCCAACCAUUGUAAGUCAAGGGAAUGUCUUCACGGCGCCGAAUGGGGGCAACAAGGAGGUCAGCAAGAGACUACAGGAUGGGGAUGACGGGAGCCUUAGCAACUGGAACUGGCAAUCGUCAGGUGACGUUUUUCUGAAUGGAGCUUUCUUUACGGCUUCCGGUGCUCCGCUGGGUUCUCAAGUGUACUCAACAGCUUUGAACGACGUCACAGCCUUGCCUGCCACCAUGGUUGCAACCAUUACAGCGGAUGCAGGACCUCUAGCUUGCGCGUCCGAAGGCAUCUGUUGAUGAUGCAGUUGCAUCAAAGUGACCGAAAAAUUACUUAGUAAUCUCUGAUUUUUGCUUCCCAAGAGGUUCUCAUAAUUGUUGCAAGCCUGAGUUAGCAUAGGUUGCAUUGUAGGACAACGUAAUUAAGAAUUUUCAACCAAUGAAGUAGUAGCACCACAUUGUUUGUUGAAUCUCAACAGAGAGGACGAAUAGAAAUGAAUUAUCGUUCUUUGCAAAUUUCA